CGCGCAAUCGAUGCGUACCUAUAGAAUAGAUUCUCAGGGAAAACUAAAGCGAAACGAGAACAACGAUUACGAGAUAUCUCUUGGCGCGUCUCUUUAGCGGUGAAAAGCGCGGUUACCCGCUCGAAAACGCUCGAACCGAAAAUUCACAACAGAAACGAAGAUCAACGAACGUUACCUCCUCGCGACAUCUACGUCCGCGUCCGUGUCCCAAGAACGUUCUCGAUUAAUACGACGCAUCGAGACCUCUGCGAAACAGCCGUCCAUCGCAGGAAAACCGAACAAACUGUUCAACCAUUCGAGACGCGAGCCGAGGAUUCUUGACAACGACAUCGUUGAAUCGUUGCAAUCGAACAAACUCAACUUCCGAGGCGCGCCAUUCAAAUUCGAAAACGAGCGAAAGAGCAAACGCGACGAGCGAAUGCCGUGAACCUACAUCCCACGGAGAAUAACGAGAUACCUAACCAAAACCGUGUAGCACGGACGCGCGUAACAAGCCAAUUUUCUUCUCGAGAAAUCCGUAUCGUUGCCAACAUUCUCGGACAUUACGAUACUCCGUCGAGUCGAUGAUUCGAUUCCUCGUGAAAACUGAAACUUACCGGCCCCCUUUCGAACAAUCGAUCGAUCGAAACCACCGCGCCACUGUGAAAUUCGAUUUAUCGAUAGGAAAGAAGGUUCGUCCCUGUGCUCGCGUAGAAUGACAGUUCUUCCAUGGUCAAGUACGGUGCGAACAUGCUCAAAGGAUUAUUCUGUUAUCAGUUUGUCCACGUGACGAUUAAGGAUUCACGGUUCCUCCUUUGAUCGUCGCGUUAUGUUCCUUUGGGACGCCUGACUCGAAUGGAAAUUCGCGUCGUCGAUGUCACGGCUGCACACCAUGGACAAACGCAAUGAUACACGUUACUGACCAACGAUAUUCGAGCUUAAAGUGAUCUGUGCACGCGGAACCAUUUCUUUUCUCUACGUUCCUCGACGUCCCUCCUCGCGAAAUAAUCUCCUCUUUCCAAUUAAAACGGCUGGCAGUGUCGUUCGACGUGACUCGACUCGACUCGAUUCGACUCGACUCGACUCGAUUCGCUCGGAAAUAACGGUCAGCGGGAAAAUCGAAAAUUACGUCGUACAUUUUGCACCGACGGAUACACCCCGUUCACGACUGUAUUCCCCAUUCGCUGCUAUUUCUUACCAAUCGGAUAGGUAUGUUUGUUAAAUGAUCUUACGAUCGGUCCAAGCAACGCCCGCAUCGCAAUGGAAAAAUUUGCCGUCGACUUGGACAAGGUUUUGGACGAUUUCGAAUUUAACGAAGAUUGUGCCGAACAGACAGCCUCUAUUAAUACUGCGUCGAAUAAUGCAUCGUCCUCUGCAUCCAGCUGCAACCUGGAACCUUCGAUGCUAAAGAAUUAUAAUUAUCUUUUGAUAGAACCUAGGAAAGCUAAUAAGGAAUGCGGCGUUAUAUUACCGUUGGAAAGGCACAAGGAUUCCCUGCAGAGCGCCAAAACUAUCUGCUUCGACGAGAAGAAUGCCAUUCACGACCAGUCCAGCUACAGUAAAGACGAAACGGCGAUCGACGAUGCGGACAGUGUUAAUUGUUUUUAUACGCAAGAGUCUGCCAACGAUAGUAAGUUGACGCGUAAACAAUCUGUUCCACCUUACAGCACGGAAACUGUUUCUUUAACGAUACAUAACGACAUAUCGCAAAAGUUAAUGCAGAAACAACAAAAUGGUCAUAGUAGCCCAAAGAUCGACAACAGGUAUGAUAAAAAGUUGAAUCAAUUUAAUCUGAAGCCCAGCGUUAGUAAUGUCUUUAGCAGUUUGAACGAAUACAUAAACGCGCCACCUGGAAGCUCCGAUUGUAUCGAUACUAUAUCGGACAAUCGACAACUACAGCCUGACGUAGAACCUGAAAUUGUUCGUUAUGGAACUAAAGCACCUCAAUUAAUUCAUAGUGCUAUCAAAGAUAUUGACAAAAAAGUAAGUAUAACGGACAAACAGUUAAACGAUACGACAAGUACAAGUAGAGAAGCUGCAAUUCCAGUUCACGAGAAUGUUACAACACCCAUGGGUAUAGAAUUGUCCGCUGUACUUGACAGUGCUAUUAAGGAAGACGAUACAAAAAUUCAUUGUACCACAGGAUUCGAAGAAACGAAGAAUGAAACAGUACUAUCCGAGGGUGUAACUGUAACUGAAGCUUUUAAUGAAUUAGGUAGCAGGAACAAAGUUUCCAAUGAAAGAAAUUAUAGUGCACAGAAUUUUGAAUCUGUGCCAAAAAAUACUGAUCUUGUAAACCAAAACAGUCGUUCGGUGUUCAAAGACCCCGAAUAUAAAGAAGAGUUUAUAACACGGUCAGAUGAGGAUGAGAAAAAAUUGUACACGAGUAGUUCUGAUACAACCGACGCGUACAAAAGGAGUUCAAAUUCUACGCAAAAGUUGCUUAAAUUCGAUAAUAUUGAUGAUUUAUCCGAAGAUGAAUUGACCAAGUAUUUAGCCGAAUUAGAAGAAGAAGAGGAUCUGAAGGAAAAGAUUGACAAGCAUCAAAUUGGAGCAACCAGUUCAGCGCAAAAUAUCACAUCGGUUCAAACAAGUGAGUCACAGAUUUCAAGGAGUGUGGAACCUUUAAACACAACGCAAAAAGAAUUAAUCGAUGAGGUAGUCAACAUUUCAGUAACUAAUUGUAAAGAAGAAAAAGAUGAAGAAGAAGACGAGGAAGAAGGAGAAGAAGAAGAAGAAGAAGAAGAAGAAGAAGAAGAAGAAGAGGAAGAAGAAGAAGGAGAAGAAGGAAGAGAAGGAGAAGAAGGAAGAGAAGGAGAAGAAGAAGAAGAAGCAGUAGAAGAAGAAGAAGAAGAAGAAGAAGAAGAAGAAGAAGAAGAAGAAGUAGAAGUAGAAGUAGAAGUAGAAGUAGAAGAAGCAGAAAUAGAUAAAGAAUUGCUUACUAAUCGAGUGAAAAUGCAAACUCAACAAUGCGAUGAUCAGAUACAGGAAGACAAGUACAGCAAUGUUUUAGAUGAUGCAAGCGGUACAGAUAAAAGGGACCAGAUUAAACAAGAAGAUACUCGUGUAGCUUCGAAAGAUGAGCGUACAUCCGACGAGAAAAGUAUUAAAGACAUUCAAGAGCAUUGUACAUACGAAUCAAAUACAAGCAGAGAAUCCGUAACCAAUGAUGAGGUCGAGAAACAAUUGAUCGAAGAAAAAGGAAAUGCCGCGCAUUAUAGUCAGGUUUAUGAAUUAAAAUUGCAAAGCGUCAGCAAAGAAAAUCCUGAAGAAAAGACAGAUACGAUGGAGUCCGAUGUAAAAGUUUUAGACGACGCAACAAAACAAUGUCAUAGUACGUUGCCGAAGUCUAUGGAAGUUAUCACGAGAACGAACGUGAGUAGUAGCCCCGACGAAUUAGAAAAACCUGUUCGCCCUCAAACUUUGGAUAUAAUUUUAUCGAAUAAUACAGAUGAACGUCAAAUACAUGAUUCUGCAAAUGAUACACCAACAGGUGAAGCACAAUCAAAUAUUGAUGUUCCAACGGAAGACCGAGAACCUUCGCCGGAUAUUGUGGAUAACUCGUUACCAGACUCUAAUUCAGUUUUAGGGAAACAACCGCCAUUCUGGGUUCCAGACAGUGAUGCACCCAGUUGCAUGUUCUGUGAUGUUAAGUUUACAGUACUGAAAAGACGGCAUCAUUGCCGUGCAUGUGGCAAAGUGUUGUGCAAUAAAUGUUGUAACAUGAAAUAUAAAUUAGAGUAUCAGGGAAAUAUCGAUUCCCGCGUGUGUGUCUCUUGUUACCAGCUUCUUACAAAAGCUGAAGCGGAACAGAGUCUUGGCGAAUGGUCUCCUCGUUAUUCUGGUUGUGUAACUAACAAUGACAUCAAUUCACCGCAGGGGAGACAGCCUAAUCCAAAUAAUCCCAUGGAGUACUGUUCAACUAUACCACCCUUGCAACAGUUAGCUGGCGGAUUGCCUCCACCACCCACAGUGAUGGUACCUGUCGGAGUUCUUAAAAGAGAGGGUGGCACAAAGAACCGGCCUGAAGUUUCAAAGUCCGUGAUGUUCAGCGAUGGAAUAAGGCCUGGCUGUGACCUGACAGAACUAGAUAUGUCCUGGGACUUGAAAUCGCUAUAUCGAAAAUCCGGGAGCAAGAGGGCGGCCAUACCUGGAUCCUCGAUGCCUGGCGCUUCGGUGAAGAGACAGAACUUGCCGCGUCUCGACCCGAACACGGAAAGCUACGUGCCACAGGAUCCCAAUGUUCUUCCGCCGACCGUGACGAUACACAAAGGGCAGGUAUCGUAUCAUGCUGUAACGGACGAGGAUCACCUCUACAAGACGCUGAAGAACGAAUGCGAGCCACCCGUUAUGUUCGCGGUGAAUCGAAAUCUGUAUGCCUGCGUGAAAAUCUUAAACUUAAAUUGUUGUAUAAACAAAGUAUGCUGGAACGUGACGUCGAAAGGAUUGGCUUGCGUGGGGCAGGACGAAGUUAUACUGCUGAUCGAAACGUUACCCGACGAGACACGGGUUCCGAAGGAUCUGCUCAUCUUCGUGAACCAGUUGUACCUCGAAGCUAUGAAAGGCAAAACUGUCUCCGAGUUGGGCUUUUCGUUGUACGAGGGAGGAAAUCUGUUGGGUUCCCGGGAACACGCGGGAUUCCUGUUUAUACGGCAGACGCUGCAGUGCCUGCAGAAGAUCGUGCUGCCCCCCGCUCCGUUCUUGGUCGGUCUUCUGGUUCACAGAUGGGAAACACCGUGGACGAAAGUGUUUCCGUUGCGUCUCGUUCUGCGGCUCGGCGCCGAGUAUCGUUAUUACCCUUGCCCGUUGUUCUCCGUACGAUUUCGAGACGCUCUGUACUUCGAAAUAGGCCACACCGUCAUGAAAGUCUUGGCAGAUUUCCGAAGCUACGGGUACACGCUGCCGAGCGUCAGAGGAUUGACGAUACACCUCAGGAACAGGAUGACGGACGUAAUGUUUCCGAAGAACCGUUACGACCAAGUGAUCAAGGGGUUGAACAACUCGAACGAUCACGUGUUGGCGUAUGCUUCGAACUUUAGCAUAACAGCCGAUUCGCAUUUGGUUUGUAUACAAACGAACACAGGCGACGAGAGCAGUUACCAGACGCAAGCGAUAAGCAUCAAUAACAAGCCAAGAACAGUAACGGGCACGAGUUUCAUCGUGAUCAAUGGCGCAUUGAAAUCAUCGAUGGGGCUGUCGGCAAAGUCCAGUAUAGUGGAGGACGGUUUGAUGGUGGAAAUAAUGCCGGAAAAGAUGGAGGCGUUGAAAGCAGCGCUCCGAAAUAUGCAGGAUUUCUCGAUCGGUUGCGGUCGACAGGGUGCACCCGAACCGGACGAAACGGUGAACAUAAAGUGGGUCGAGAACGACGUGCAGUUCAAUAUAGGGGUUAAAAGUCCUAUCGACGGCCAGCUAAUGGACGGCAUUCCAUCGAUCAGGGUACACAAUGGUACCGACUACAGAGGGACGAGCAGAUUUAUCCGUUGGACGGAAGUAUUCAUCAUUAAGUCCGACGACCACCCGAAUGGUCUCCACGAUCCACUGGAUAUAAAUAAAUUGUCCGGAAACAUAGCGAAAGCAACGUCCACGGCUCUAGUGAAGCUAUUGGAUCUUUUGAGUACCGCUGGUUUCACGAAACUCGGCGUGCGAACCACCAUUCACCCCGACAAUGUGGGUUACGAAGCCGGCAGCGAAGGUAUGAAAUUGCCACCGAUCUACAUGAACAGUUUGGACAACGAAUUAAUUCAAGUUUUGCAUAAAGCAGCUCAAACCAGUCAGGAUACGCAUACCGUGCUUGAAUUAAUCUUUUAUAUACUUGACGAUUAAACCCUGUGUCACCAUUACUUCCGUUUUAUUAAUAAUUUUCCAGGAAUCGCAAAGUGAAUCGCAGAAAUACAAUAGGUCGCCGCGUACACUAAAGAUGUACAGUCGAAACGAUCCGUAGGCAACAGAAAAGUAGUAGAUCUCUCGAAUCGAGGAGAAGAUAUUUUCUAACUAUACACGCUAUCGACAUAGAGAACAAAGAAGCGCUUAUAUUAUAAAUUCUACUAAAUCAAGUCCAUUAAACUUAAAAACACUACUAAUCCCAGAUACACACACUCACACGCGCGCGCACACACAUACACAAACACAAACACAAACAGUUCGACGUAACGCGCCAGGCAUUGUAAAUUCGAAAUCGGAUAAUCAAACUUUCCUUUUCAAUUGUGUCUGUUUUAGCGUUUUAUUUAUCGGGAUAGAUGCUGUCCACUACGAUGUCCUUCGGUUAGAAAAUGUUCGUAAUAUUCUUUUCUGUAUCGUGUAUGCAUACAAACUUUGUAAAGUUGUGUCGGAAGUUCUACAAAAAUUUGUUCGCGGCCAACAGCCGAAAUCACGGUACACCGUCAUUUGUUGUUUGCAUUAUGUAAAUAUAUACGUUUUGUUGUUAUUCGUGUAAUAUUUGUAUAAUGAUAGUUAAUAGUACUUUUUUGACGGAAGAAAGUAUUGAAAAUGUUAAUAAAUAAACUGGUUUUCGUUAAUCUGAUUGCAUAUUUGCAGAAAAUUCGAGCAAUUUAUUGGGACGUUUCUGAAGGAACCU